CAGCAGUAGUGAUGAACUUAUUGAUGUUAAGAAAGGAGAAAUAAGUAUUUUGAAAUCUGAGGAAGCAAAUAACGUGAUUACAAAGUUGAUGCAGACAGUUCCAGAAAUGAAUAAACAUAUAAAUAUUAAUGAUGAUAGUAUGAGCAAUACAUUUGGUUCAGAUAGUGAUUUCAAAAUUUUUAGAAGUGACUCUGAAGUUAAAACUGUUAAAAGUCACAAUAUUAUAUCCUUAGAAUACUUGAACAAUACUAUUAAGCAAUUGGAAAAAAAAAAAUCAAGACAUAGCCAUGAAAGGAUUGAGGCAAGCAUUAUUGUGGCAGAAGCAGCUAGAAAAGGUGUUUAUCAUGCUCGUUGCAUACAUGCAUGGGCAAUAAAUUAUAUUAAAAAUAGUGAAUUCUCAAUUUCAAGACAAGGCAAACAUCCAAAAACUUGGAGUUUUUUAUGGGAUGACGAUGUUUUGAUUCAGAUCAAGUCAUUUCUUCAGUCAAAUAAGUGGAAUGUUAAUCUAGACGAACUGGCAAAACAU